AUGCAAACCAGCUCAAAAUACAUCCAUCUGAUUCCAGAACCCGAGAAUAUUACGCUCUAUGUGGAAUUGCUUAAUAGGCUUCCUGGCCCAGUGCGUCCUGUCUACCUGGAUCGCGUCCAUUCCUUCUACGGAAAAGCAAGCAAGCAUCUUGAGGAAAAAAGCUCUUUUGACUCUCUUGUGCUUUCUGAAGACGUCUUAUGCCCCAGCUGGGCGCCAGGGUCUUUUGGAGCCCAGCUGGACGCAAACUGGGGAAACUUGGGAAAAGAAUGGAGGGUUUGCAGCAGUGGCAGAAUGCAAUCUCCGGUGGACAUUGUGCUCUUUGAAGCUGCUCCAGACGAGAUACAAACCAGCGAAUGCCACUCACCAAUCUCGACCACGACAUCAUCUCGUGGGCAUCUUGUCCGUCGCUGUCAUGUACACGAUUGGAUCCGAGUACGACCCUUUUAUCGAUCAGAUGUUCAAGUGGUGGAUCCCUCACUGCUCAAUGUUGGAGGCAAGCGAUUCUUGAGAUAUGUUGGAUCACUGACAUCACCGCCCUGCACCGAGCAAGUGACAUGGAGCGUGUUGAGAAGAGUAAACAAAAUUAUUUCCUUAAUCUUUUGUUGA